AUGAGACAGAAAAAUGAUCAAGCAUUCACUGCAAUGUUGAACAGAUUCAGAACAGGAACUCAAACAGAUGAAGAUAUAGAUGCUAUUCAGUCAAGACAAAUUAGUCCAACAGAUAUUAAUUAUCCAUCAGAUGCUUUACAUAUAUGGGCAGAAAAUAAGCCGGUAGACGAACACAACAGAAUGAAAUUAGAGCAAAUACCUAAACCAAUUUUUAUUAUGAGAGCAAUAGAUCAAUAUCCUAAGAAUGUGAGCAAACAAGAUAUUGAUAGAGUAUUAGCAAGAGGAAGAUCUGAGACAGGUGGACUUGAUUAUGAAUWCCAUUUGAAAGAAACUGCAAGAGUAAUGCUUACAUCUAAUAUUGACAUAGCAGACAGGCYAAUCAAUGGUCAAAUUGGUACUGUAGUCAAAAUAGAUUCCAAUCCGAACACUCAAAAACCUUCAAUAAUAUACAUCAAGUUUGAUGAUAACAAAGCAGGAGAAAACAAGAUCAAUAACAGUAAUAAUCAAUAUGCCAAACAACACAGAGUAGUACCUAUAGAACCAACCUUGGUAAAGAUUAAAGUCAGACCUAAUAAGCCAUCCUCACCUGAAAUACAAAGAACACAAUUCCCACUGACACUAGCAUGGGCUUGCACAGUACAUAAAACACAAGGUCUCACUUUAGACAAAGUAGUAAUUAGCUUUGAUCUCAAUAGACAAAAAAACUUCAACUAUGGCCAAAUAUAUGUUGCCUUAAGUCGUGCAAAAACAUUACAAGGUAUUAAUAUACUUGGAAAAAUUGAACACAAACAUGUAAAAGCAAAUACAAAAGUACAUAAUGAAUAUGAACGGUCAAGAAAAGACAUUUCAGAACUCACCAUUCAUGAAGCAGAAUGUAGUCCUCACAACUUUCACAACCUAAAUGAUUCAACAGACUGUUUGGUAAUCACUUUACUUUAA